GUUUGAUAAUUUGUUAUUGUUUUCAUAUCGGUACACUACACACUUUCGGUUCGAUCCAAUGAAGCUUUGAUCAGAGGCCUGUAACUCCGAGUCACUCCGAGACAAGAGUCAAAAUCUUGGAUGCUUCAAGAAACUCAUAAUGAAUAAAAAGGGAGACCCUGCAGAGGUGGCUUCGGCUGCUGUGGAAGGGCCAGUGGAACUUGAAAACCAGUGCAUCAUGCGUCUGCCGAGUGAACCAGCGAAUGCUCUUCGGGAGGCCAUCCGCAGUGGCAGCAACAACCUGAAGGACAGGCUGGGAAUUAAAAUGGAACCAGACAUGCGGUACGGCGAGGUGCGUUUCGACCACUGGCUGCUGCACGCCAAACUGGUCGACCUUCCGAGCAUCGUCGAGUCCCUGAAAACGAUCGACAACAAGAACUUUUACAAAAUAGCCGACAUCUGCCAGCUGCUGAUCUGCUCGACGGAGGAGGAGCCGCCGCCUCCGCCGGAAGAGGAGGCGCCCAAGAAGAAAAAGGACCCGAACAAGGUGGACAAGAAGUAUUUGUGGCCGCACGGCGUCACUCCGCCCCUGAAGAACGUGCGGAAGCGGCGUUUCCGCAAGACCCUGAAGAAAAAGUACGUGGAGGCGCCGGAGAUUGAAAAGGAGGUGAAGCGGCUGCUGCGGGUGGACAACGACGCCGUCAGCGUCAAGUGGGAGAUCAUCUCGGAGGACCAGCUGCUCGGGCCACCCGAGCCGGGCGUCGAGGUGGAGGACUCGGCGCCUCCGCGCCACGACAAGGAGGGCAAGCGCGGCAAGAAGGCGAGCAAGGCCGCCAAUCUGGCCGAGCACAUAUUCGGCGAGCCCGUGUCCGACUCGGACGCGGACGACGACUCCAACUCGGACGAGGAGGACACCAAGGGCAUCGACGUGCUCAACAUGGACGACGAGGAGAGCAGCCGGCUGAUGAUGUCUGGAGGCGAGGACAGCCUGGUGCCCAGCCAGGACGCCGCCUCCACCUCCCGAGGCCUGGUCACGCAGUUCUCCAAAGACAUGUUCCACAAGCAGGACAGCCUGUCCCCCACGUCGUCGCACGGCGUCGAGUCCACGCAGUCCUCCAUGCACUUUGCUGACGUCAAGGAGGGCAGAAGCGCCAGGGACCUGCAAAUGAAGGCCACCAGCCUACAGGACGAACUGGACGCUCUGUACGCGACGCGGAAGCAGCAGGAGGCUGCAGGUGAUAACGAGAAUAUCGCCCUGCAUCAGCGGCUGAGAGAGAUGCUGGAUGAAAAAAUCGAAAACAAAGUGCGAGAGCUGAAUCAGGUGAAGCAGCAGCUCCAUGCGCAGGAACACGGUGUUAUGUGAGUGAAAAGGUGGCAUUUUUCAGACUCAAAUUCUAUUCAGCUUUCAUCUUGUAAAAAUGUAAUAAAAUUAUUAGCAUAA